AUGGCUAUUUCUAAGCUACUGACUAGCGUAAUUAUUUACUUAAUUGCAUUAUAAUUCUGUUUAGCAGAUUAUGAAACCCUUCAAAUGAACUAAUUAGACUGCAGCUUGAGCUUUGCUUGUUAAUAUAGCUUUUCUAAUAUUGAUUUUACUAAAUACUAAAGCUUAGUCCUUGAAGUAGAAUUAGAGAGCUCAAAUAUUCCUAUUGGCUCAUCUCUCUAGAUUUUGUAAGACUAAAUGUAAUUGCUACUAGCUUCACCAUCUUAAUCUCUAAUUAAAGGCAAUAGAGCUAUUUUUAACAUACCUAUUAACUCAUAAUUCAACAGCAAAAGUCUGAUAUUUUCCUAUAUUUCAAACUCUUUAUUCCCAACAAGUUCUACUUUCAAAUUCAAUCUUAAUCUUCAAGGUAUUCUAUUAAAUUCAAUUUAAAGCUACCCUUGUCCUUUUAACUGCAGUGGUAUCAAUGGUGUUUGCAGCUAAUUUGAUGGUCAAUGCUCCUGCUUACAAAAUUUCAAAGGAAUUGACUGUGGUUUAGAGGGAUAACCCUUAACUAAUUUACUUGAUCAAGAGUACAAAAUUUAUGAAUUGAAAGAAAAUGAAUCCUCUGUGUUUUACAUUAACAAUGAUAUCUCUUCAUAAUCCAAUUAAGAUGUUUAUCUCAGCAUCUAUGUAAAAUCAAGUCAGUGUAUUGAUUAUACCAUUUAUGGAGGUGUAUUUGAAUUGAAAGUAGCUAAUUCAGGACAUAUAUGCACUUUUAUUGACAGCCCUACUAACAUUAAAAUUCAAAUGAGCAGCUAAGUCUCCAAAUACCAAAAUAUUAUUUAGUUUAAAAAUACUAACCACUUUGCAGCUAGCUUCGAGUUAAAGUUCUAACAAAUCAGUUCAGGAUAUGAUACAUUUUUGAUUGAUUUCAGCACUCAAUUUGGUGUAAUUAUUAUAACUAUCAUCUCACUAAUAAGUUUAGUACUCUUAAUCUUGGUUUUCUGUGUUACAAGAAGUAUACUGAGACAUUAUCAAUAAAAGAAGAUUGCCUAAUUUUAAAAAGAAUAAAAGACAAUUCAAAUAGAUACAAAAAUCCCAAACUAAAAAUACUCUGAAAUUGUGAGCAAAUAUCCUAAUAUUAGAGAAGUAACUGAAUGUGUUGUCUGUUUGGAUGAGUUUAGUGAUCAAAGCGAAGUACGUUUGACUCCUUGCUUCCAUAUUUUCCACAAUGACUGCUUCAACAGCUUCGCUCAUAGAGGUAAAUCUUUCUGCUGCCCUGUUUGCAGAAGAAGUUUAUAAGAUGGAGAAAAAGAAGUCUUCGACUAUAAAUUGAAAAUGCAAGCUUCUCACACUAUUAAUGAACAACACGAAAAUAAAUAACCAGAUAAUUAAUCAGACAACCACUCAUAAGCAACAUAACAUAAUCAAGUUCUUCCAAAAACAGCAAUUAAUUCUUGCCAUAACAUUGAUGAAGCAUCUAACUUUAAUAAAAUAGAAGCUCCCUAAGUGCCUUAAAAUUAAAUCGAAGGUGCUGUAAUCAUUAAUAUUUAGAAUCAAACUGAUUAAAAUUUACCAGAAAUUAAUUAGUAAGAUGUUUAAGCAGAUUGA